AUGGUGCUCAUCAAUCAGAGCAUGGUUCCUCCAGUGCCGCCGGUUCAUCAUGCACCAAGCCAUGCACAUGUUCAUCCAGGAGAGGCCCCCCGCGUUCUACAGAACCAUACACCCGUCUCCAUCAACCCCGCAGGCCUAGCGGAAGAGAUGUCCCGGCUCCAUGUGAACGCAGACAGCUUCGUUGCCAACGACCAAAAGGCACGAAGCUUUACACCCUAUAAAGAAGUCGAACCACGGGCCCCGCCCCAGUACGUGGGGUUUACUUUCUUCAAAGCUGAUACGGCAGCUGGCCAAAAACCCACCUGGAGUCAUGCCGAAAGGACCCAGAUGCACCUGAGUCAGACGGACCUGCUCAAGAUGGUGCAGAAGCGGGCCAAGAAGUUCUCUGCGACCCAACAGUACCAGACCUUGUCUAAGCUGAAGCGUACCCAUGUGGAUCAAUUGAUUAACCAACUCCGACAGAGAGAUCCGCGGGGUGAAUGGACCUGUGUCUAUAUCAAGGAAGAGGACAAACCGUUCAAGGGCAAAAACUCGCGUCGUGGGGACUAUGAAACCGUCUCCAUGGACGUCGUGAUUAUGAGGGAGCCCGUGGAUCCCUCAUACCCGAAGGCUUUCAAUGUAGGGCCUGUGAACCCAGAGCAGCCUCACCAGGUCAAGGAAAGAAUCCCAACAAAUGUUGAUGGCAUGGUGGCCCACGAUGAGCCGAGACAAGUGAACGUCGACCUUGAAAAACACGCGGCAUGGGCAAUACCGGGUCUCCAUCAGGGGCAAAUGCCAGCAAUGAUGAACAACAAUCCCCAUCAGGCACCGCCCCCUCGGCUUCAGCAACAUGUACCUCAUCACCAAACUCAUCACCAAGUUCACCCAGAGCAGGGACCGCAUGUUAACCAAGGCUCUUUCCCACAAGGAAUGCCAGCUGGUGUCCACCCACAACCAGAUAUGCAACACCACGCCCAAGCUAUGCCGGGAAGGGGACCCGGUAUUGAAGUCUUGCAACACGGCGCCGAGGGCCUCCCUGGGAAUAUGAAUCCACACCGCCAGGGGCAAGGGCUUAACCACGGCCACAACCCAUUCGGUCAGAAUAUGAAGCAGCAUCUAGGAAGAGAAAGUUUCCCUCAUCCGCUUCACGUCAAUCAUGGCAGUAAUAUUCCGAGAGCACCGACUGUGCCGGAACCCGAACCCGAAUGGGCACCGGAGUCCAGCAGCAUAGGAGACGACGAGUCCGUUCUCUUUGACCAUGACGAAGUCAGCUCCAUCACUGAUGGCUCGGAGGCGGAAGAGGGAGAAGAGUAUGAUGAUGCAGACCGCGAAAAGUCACAGCCAUGGCGCGGGAGUCUCUUUCGCCGCCAUUCGUCGAAAGCACGACGCAACGAACCCGCCUACCGCUCCCAUUAUCGAAAACACUCCAAGACCGGCCAUGAGGCCAAGCACGGUCGUGUCCGAUACCCAGCCGGCUACAUCGACGUGGUUCCGGCGGAGAGCAAAAACAGUACCCACCGGCAAGCGAACAUUCACUCUCGGGAACUGUCCCGACCAGCCCGGGAACGGCCGAAAAUUAUCCACACCACGUCUGACAACCUCGACUUGGUGACGCUUGACGAAAAGUAUCGCGGGCUACGGGCCCGCAAUGACAUUCGCAGCCGAAUUCUGGAUGACCGAGAAGCGAGGGUUGAGCGCCGAGAGAAAAUGGUGGACUAUCGGACGCAAAUGCUGCGCGAGAGGCUGGAUGAGGUGCGUCUCAACCGGUCUUUGUCUCUGCACGAAUCGGGCCCCUUUUAUCCUCGACGAUACUAUCUACACGAUGCCCUGUAA